CUAUGCAGCUGGCUCUCUUGAUGCCUUUUGUAACAUCUCUCUCUCUCUCUGGCUCUGCCCAGUGUAAUUCAGGUAUCUCAGUUCUCCUCCCCAUCUUUCAGGUGUGGCAUUUAGGUAAAGCUUUUGACGUAUUGUUCUUCCAUUCCUUGCUGGGACAGCAGCCAGUGAGGUUGCCGGCUUUUGUGAAAGGGUAAGGUAGUCCGAGACUUCUGCCGUUUCCUGACAGUUGCAGCAGAGAGAGAAAAGAAAGUGUUGAGGCCAGGAGAAAAAGCUACGGGAUGGAGGCAGCAAGAGCAAAUGGGACCACAAGUAAGUCAGAAGACGUGAAGACCCCAGCCUCUCCACCAAAAGAGGCAGAAGAAGGGAAGAAACCGACUAGCCCAAGCAAAGGGGAAAAAGAUGCCAACAAGAAUAACACCAGCCCUGCACUGGAGAUAGAACAGCUCAAAAAAUCGAUAUAUUCUGGGGGCGACUGGAAGAGGCCAAUCAUCCAGUUUGUUGAAUCCGAUGAGAAGAGGUCGACCUAUUUCAACAUGGAGUCUGGGGAGGGCAAGAAGCCAGCGUUCCCCUCCAUGCCUCUAGGGGAGCCUCGGAGGUCCCAGAUGUCCUUCCCAGAAAGAGGGGACCUGAGGAAGUCUAUAUACAACAUGGAAACAAAGAAAACCUUCACCAGCGAAGGGGAUGUGAAGAAGUCACUGUAUUCCAGUGGGCAGAUUGCAGAUCUGAGGAAACCCACUGUCUCCCUUGGGGAAUCAGGAGACACCAAGAGAUCCAACUUCAACCGGGUGAGCAGAGGGUCCAGUUCAAGGCCCCGGGUCCUCGAAGAGGUCCUCUGCGACUCCUGCAUUGACAACAAGCAGAAGGCCGUGAAGUCCUGCCUUGUGUGCCAAGCCAGCUUUUGUGAGCUCCAUCUGAAGCCUCACUUUGAAGGGGCUGCCUUCCGGGAUCACCAGCUCCUUGACCCCAUCAAGGACUUUGAAGCCAGGAAAUGCCCUGUGCACGGCAAGACGAUGGAGCUUUUCUGCCAGACGGACCAGGUCUGCAUCUGUUACCUCUGCAUGUUCCAGGAGCACAAGAACCACACCACGGUGACGGUAGAGAUUGAGAAAUCCGGCAAAGAGACUGAGCUCUCUCUGCAGAAAGAGCAGCUGCAGCUGAAAAUCAUUGAGCUGGAAGAUGAAGUGGACAAGUGGCAGAAAGAAAGGGACCGUAUCAAGAACUUCACCACCAAUGAGAAAGCCACGGUGGAUCAGCAUUUCAAAGAGCUGAUCCGUGACCUGGAGAAGCAGCGGGACGAAGUGAAGGCCGGUUUGGAUCACAGGGAGAAGGUUGCCGUGGAGAACAUCAAGGAGAUUGUGGAGGAGCUGGAAGAAAGGGCCAAACUCUUGCAAGAAGACAAGGAAACCAGGGAGCAGAUAGGCCAGAUCAGUGACUCAGUUCUCUUCCUGCAGGAAUUUGGAGCAAUGAUGAGGAGCUACACCAUUCCACCAUCCCUGCCGACAUACAGCAUCCUGCUGGAGGGAGAGAACAUGAGCCCGUCUAUGGGGAUACUGAGAGAUGACCUCCUGAACGUGUGCAUGAGACAUGUUGAGAAGAUCUGCAAGGCAGACCUCAGCAGGAACUUCAUCGAGAGGAACCACAUGGAGAACGGUGAUCACCGUUUCAUGAUGAACAACUACUCUGACUGGAACCAGCCAGACAGCAUGAAGAGGUUCUCCAUGUUCCUGAAUCCAAAAGGAGGCAACUACAACACCAGAGCCUGGGAAUUUUCUGCCUUGCAGACUGCAGAGGAGUCCAUUACAGCAGGGAACUCUGCUUACUCCCUGAAAGUGGGCAAUGGGACCAAGAUGCCUUAUCAGUUCCCCCCAAUUGGCCAGAGUUCACCGGGAGAUUUCAGCAAGCAGUCCGACGGGAGCCUCUAUACCAAGAAUGCUUACCCUUCCAUUGUGAGGCACCAAGCCACUAAGGUGCAACCUCAGACAUGGAAGUCCUCCAAGCAGAGCAUGCUGUCCCACUACCGCCCCUUCUAUGUCAACAAGGGCAAUGGAGUCACUUCUAAUGAAGCACCUUGAUCCUAGACGAUGACAAGAGGAGUCUGUUGUGCUAGGAGAGGAAGAACAUAUGAAAAUUUUCAUGGAUGUCUCUACUGCUGCUGCUGUAUUAACCAUGCUGUUUUAAUCUUUUUUCCUUUCUUAUUUUUUUGUAAUUGAUGGGAGGUGGAGAAUGGUGCUCUAGGAAGAAGAUGCAGUAGUGCAUGCCCCAUUCUAGGAGGGAAUGAAGACCGUCUCCCUAGCUGUAUUAGGGCACCGUCAUGUUAUUCUUGGUAACAGCUUUUCAGCCCCUGAGAAAAUAACCCCAAAUGCAAACCUAGUUCAAUAAUGCAUCCCUUUCCCCCUACCUAUCUGCUUAGCUCAUGCUAGGUGUCUAGUAGGGAAGAUGAAAUCUGAGCUGGGCAUCACUUUUCUUCCCACCAGAAGGUCUGUGCCACGCCGCUGGAAUUCUCAACGUAACCACUAUUGCUUUCAUCCAGCUUUCUGUUUGUUAUAACUGCACCCUUAUCCACUCCCAUCGGAGACGCCCUGUUGACUUUUAAUGGAGGCUCUUGCUGUGUAGACGCAACCCCAAAACCUGUUUGCUAAUAACAACAGCAAUAAAAGAAAAAAACCCACAAACUUCUAACAAUUCCUUGUUGCUACUUAACCGGGCUUGGGCUGUGAAUUGAUAGGCAAAAGGAUGCGUGGUGGCCCAUUGAUACAUACUCCCUCCCUCCAGCCAUUCAGCUUCUCAAAUUAUAGAAGAAAGUGGGCGAAAUCUAUCCUGCUAAUGGAAGAUUGAUUAGAUGUCUCAGCUAUUCCCUUCCCCUCAACCCUCUGAUGAUAUUGGCUGAUAUGCUCUGGUUCACUUGUUUUGUUUUAUUAUCUAGAAGAAGAGUUAUUACUGGAAGUUCUGAAAUUUAUUCUUACAAUGCUGCAACGGGACUCUCUCUCUGUAUGUGUGUGUGUGUGUGUGUGUGUGCAUGUGCACCUACUGUUGCAAACUGAAUCAGCGUGAGGUGAGAACCAGGGCAAGGGUGUUGCUGUGGCUUGUACCAUCCUAACCAAAGAUCUACAGUCGUCAUGGGAACCAUUUCACCCAGUCCCUAGAAUUGGUACCCAAGCUUGCAGGCCACUGGCCAUCUCCUACAAAGUCCCAAGAGCCUCAAUCUUCAGUGGAAACUGGACACAUUUUAAAGCACUUGGGCUCUUCCUUUAUGGGUUCAAAUAGGCCACAACUUUAUUGGUUACAGAUGUGAGCAGUUUGGCUUAGGCAUUGGGUGAAGCCAGGCUAUAUCUCGACUCUCACCUGUCUGCAGGAAGUCCAUCUAAGGGUAAACGACCAAUAAGGGGAGCCCUAUGACUUACAUCAAAUAGAGGCACCCCAAGGGGUUCCCGUUGGGGUCAUGGCAUGGCCCUAGCCCAUGUCCAGGCAUUGGACAGGAUCCACACCCCUGGAUCCCUUUAACAGGAUACCCUUAUCGAGAAGGGACAGGUGGAGGCUACAGCCUCCCCUCCAUCCAAACAAAGGCUUACUCAAUGCCUAACCUCACAAAGCUGUGAAUAUUGCUACAAGGUAGGCAAAAACCCAAUGGCUGGUGCCAAUUUGCCAAGUGGAAAAAAAUCCUACCCGGCCCCAACAAUAUGGCGGUUGACAUUUGUUCCAUAGCAAGGUCAUGGUCAGAGCAAAGCAUGAAAAGAGGGUGGGUGGCUUGGGAGAUCCGGCAAAAAGUAGAGAGAGGAGAGGCCCCCAACCACUCUGUGGUUAAAUUUCCUGUGGCCAUGCCCCCACUGGUGCUGAUUGGCCAGCUGGGCCACACUGGGCAUGGCCCUACCAGUGACGCGGCUGGGACAUCACCAGGGCAGCAUCAACUCCCCAUACCCACGCUGGAUCACUGCAGGGGCCCGGAUGGCUGGACACAACACUGCCCACCAAAAAAGGUGAGUGGACUUAUUGUUCACGCCUGUUCUUUAUAGCAGCUUGCUCCCCCCCCCCCCGCCUGAUACCUGGAAAUAUACACACUCAAUUGCACAAACACACAGAGCAUCUGACUAACAGAGAUCACACCUUUUGCAUGCUGAAAAUUACUUUGUAGCUAAGCCCUCUGCAAAAAGAAGCAAGAUCCUCCCCACUUAAACUACACUCUGCUUUAGACUUUUAAAAGUUUGUGGUGUGAAAGAUCUUGACACUAGGACCCCUUAUAUUCUGGGGAGUUAUUAUUUUUUGAAGAAGAAAUGUUCCAAAAUGCAGAAACUGAGGCAGGUUUUAAGAAGUCUGAGAAAUGUGGGGGAAUGUAUAGAUACAGAUGUAUUUCACUGAAAGGGAAUUUAAAGUAUAUAGUUCAACAAAGCCCCUAAGGACCAUCUUGUCUCACUUCUGAAGAGUUCCUUAGAGGGGGAAGCACCUCUCAUCCAAGGUCCUAUUGAUACCAUCUGUAGAAAAAGAUUUCAUAACCUGCUGAAGCAAUUUUCUUUGUUGCCCAACUUGUUCUCCCCUGACAACCACUCUGAAUUUUGUUUGUCCCUGUUUUGGACUGUUCUUGCUUUGUUGUUGCCUUCAUUUCAGGGUGAAAGUUCUUUAAGGUAAUAAAAAUUACGCAUUAGUGUUUUUAAAAAAUAAACAAACAAGAUAGAAAAAGAGAGAGCUCAGAGCAGGUUGCUAGAUCUCAUGAUGGUGACUGAUUUGUCUUGUUCUAUUAGUGCACUAUGAAGCCUCCCCACCCCACUCAAUUUAACAUAACCAUUUUUUAUGUUGGAAAGAAUGCCUGUAAGUUAUCCAUGAAGACAGCUGGAGAGAGGCCAGUUGAGAACAGGCUGAUGAGAGCAUCACGUCCAGGUUUCCAGUGAGCAAGAAGGACAUGCAUUACAUCUCCCCUCCCAUUCCAUAGAGACAAUGCAAAAUGUUAUCAUUUGCAUUCCUAUCCACAUUUCCGUGUCCCAAAGAAGUCAAUUGAGGCUGCCCCUCCU